AUGUCUAUGUUGGCCCUCAGUAUUGUCUUGUAUGCCCUAUUGGGUACCUCCUUGGCCUUUGCUAUCGUCGAGCUAGGCCUAUCGGCUUUCAUUGCUGCCGCAUAUUCUGGAACGCAAGAAAUCGAGACCUGGAGCGCGUAUUCGGGCUAUUCGUACAGUCAAGUCAAUGUGAAUCCUCCGGCUCUCCUCGUGUUCCUUAUAUUUUCUUCUGUUUGGACCAUCCUUAUCACAAUCGCCGCUUUAGUACUUCCUUGGUACUAUACUCGCAAGGGCUUGGUAACUGCAAAGCUCAACACUGUCCUCGCCGCUAUCUUCGUGGCCACUUAUUUUGUUACUAUGGUAUUCUGGCUAGCAUGCUUUGCUGAACUCGCCAGCCUCCUUGGUGGUGCUACUAGUGCAAGCUCCUACUGCAAUACCGUCAUUGCCUUUGGCGUGCUACUUUGGCUACUAUUUGUUGCCCUAGUCAUAUUCACCAGUCUUGCCAUGUGUGGUAUUUUGGUGUCUGAUUGGGCUGGGUACCAGUCUCUCAGGAAGGAGAAGGGAGUUGGUAUGAACCAAACUAGUGCUGACCCUGCUCACGAAGUGCCGAUGAGUAUGAAUCCUGUGGUUCCAUAG